AUGGAAUAAAGAUCUUUUGGAUUUAUUAACAUUGACAAUUCUAACAAAAAAGGAAUAUUUUUGAAUCCAAUUUAUAAGUAUAAUAGAAGUGCGAAGAAAUUAAAGGGAUUAUUGAAUGAUGAUUUCUCUCAUUUACAGCAUAGCAACUUCAGGCAAAUUGAUCAAUCAAGUCGAGUUGGAUUUUCACCUCAUAAUUUAUAAGAAAUGGUCAAUAAGGCAAAAUUAAGAUUUAUUGAAACUUCUCCUAAUUAUAUAAUCAGAGGAUAAGAAAUAUAAACUGUACCAUUUUAUGUCAAGCAGAGGGAUGAUUAACUCAAAAAAGUUAAGUCAUUUAAAUCGUCUUUUAGAAAAUAAACUUAGAAAGAAGACGAUGUUAAUCAAAAAGUCUGUAUAUACUUAGCGCAAGCAUUUUUUGUUAUUCUGCUAGUCCUAAUUGCUACUGAACUUGUUUUAAGAAAAUAAUUAUAUUGA